GUGUUUUCCAACAGUCACAGAAACCUCCCCUUGAUGUGUUUGUCCUCCUGAAAUAUAUAUGACAUCUAACUAGAACUCACUUUGCGUGUCAUCAGGCCAUCAGAGGUAAUGUAAUAAGAUACAUCUUAGUAAACUUGAUAGUGCUGGUCAAGCUCAGCGGGGUCACCUCUAGGCCUUAGUCCCAGUUCAACACUAAAUACCUUUUGCAGUAGAUUAUAAAUAUUGGAAGAAAGUUUAUACAGCUAUUUAGCGUUUUCCUGGUAAAAUAGAGCACUUUCUUUGUUUGUUCCUUUAGAAUGAGAAACGCAUGUCUUUCCACAGCCCUGUUGCUCGCAGGUGAUUGGUGGUGACAUGUUGUUUAUUUACUACAAGUGAAAGAAACCUGUUAUUCAAGUCCCUGUUGAUCUAUAACCCUGGUUGCUCAUAAAGUUGACUCCAGAUUACGCUGUGGACUCGCUGCAGAGAGGAACACUUCUUCCUAACCCAAUCUGCUAACAGGAACCAGCCAUGGCGUUGCGCCCGCGUGCUUCCUCUCAGCCUGGAAAACUUUCCUUUUUCCAGAGUCCCAAGGUGGCUUCAGCCCUUCGACCGCGGGCUGUUUCCUCCCGCUCGGGCUCCAUGCUGGAAGAGGAGCUAUCCUGUCCUGUCUGCUGUGACAUCUUCAAGGACCCCGUGGUACUCAAGUGCAGCCACAGCUUCUGCCGACAGUGUCUGCAGCAGUUCUGGAACAAGAAGAAGGCCAGACGCGAGUGUCCUGUCUGCAGGAGGAAGUGCUCCCUGACGGAGCCCACGGUCAGCCUGGCACUGAAGAACGUGGCCGACACCUUCCUGAAGGAGCAGGAUCGAAGGGCGGCUGGCACAGGGGAUGGUGCCGGCGGGGCAGGGGAGCUGGAAGGGAUGGUGGAGGUGAAGUGCAUCGCACAUGGGGAAGUUCUCAAGCUCUUCUGUCUGGAUGACUUUGAAGCCCUCUGCUGUGUGUGUCACACCUCCAAGAAGCACCAGGGGCACAGAGUGUGUCCCCUGGAAGAGGGAGCGCAGGACCUCAAGGCAGAGCUGAAGAAAGAUCUGAUUCCUCUGAAGAAAAACCUGCGACGCCUGUAUGAAGCCAAGCAGGAGUGUGAUGACACAACUGUGCACAUAAAGAACCAAACUGAGGCUACAGAGAAACAGAUCAAAGAGGAGUUUGAGCAGCUGCGAGAGUUUCUGCGGAAGGAAGAGACGGCUCGGCUGGCUGCCCUGCAGCAGGAAGACGAGCAGAAGAAAGAGCUGAUGAAGAAGAAGUCCGACAGCAUAACCAGAGGCAUCCUCACCUUCUCUCACGCCGUCAUUGCCAUUGAGAAUGAGAUUGCUUCCAGUGAUGCGCUUUUCCUUAAGAAUUACACCAACACAAAGAAAAGAGCACAGAUCCCACAGAAUGACCCAGAGUGUCAGGUGGCAGGUGCUCUUAUAGAUGUGGCCAAGCAUGUCUGUUCCCUCAAGUACCAUGUGUGGGAGAAGAUGGCGGAGCUGGUUCAGUACACACCCAUCACCCUGGACCCCAACACUGCCUACUCCUGCUUGUCCCUCUCCACAGACCUAACCUGCGUCACCAACAGUGGAUGCCUCCAGAAGCUCCCGCACAACCCAGAGCGCUUUGGACACUUUGUGUUCCUGCUGGGCUCACAAGGCUUCACUUCUGGCCGCCACGCCUGGGAGGUGGAGGUGGGAGACAAGGCGGACUGGAUGCUCGGGGUGGUCAAGGAGUCCGUCGACAGGAAAGGCCGCAUUUCGGGCUGUCCGGAGGGCGGCUUUUGGAUGAUCUCGCACUACGAGGGCGAGUACGCUGCCAUGACGAGGCCCAGCAUCCCGCUUCAUCUGCAGGGAGAGCUGACCCGAGUCAGGGUGCAGCUGAACUACGACUCCGGAGAGGUGACCUUCUCCAACCCUAUCAGCAUGAUGCCCAUCUACACCUUCUCCGACUUCUUCACUGAGAAGAUGUACCCCUUCUUCUGCCCUGGAGCCAACAUCAAUGGGAAUAACCCCAACCCGCUGAAGGUCUGCCCCGCUAAGGUGGCUGUGUGGAACAGUGCCACAUGGUGAUUUGGAAAAACCUUACAGACGACAUCCACUGCAGUUUAUGAAGUGGUUUGAAGCUACCAGGGGAUGGACUUUCCCUUAUAGUCCAGCAAGGCUCCGUUCUGCUUCUCGGUCAGGGAGGCCAUCACAUCAAGCAUCCCCUGCACACUCUCCGGAGCAUCAAUCUCCCCCUGGUGGUCAGAAACACACAGUUAACAUGAAGGCUCGCACAGGAGAUCAAUUCUCUUAGUUAAGAAUCUAAAGUUUCUGCACACAGACCAGUGGGUAGAAAGUGGAUCAAAUCUAUGUUUUUAAUGUAAACAGUAAAAUAAAAAAUGAUUUAAAGUGAUGCAUCCAUACAUGGCAGGGUCACAGUUUAAAGGCUUGAAACUACAUUUAAUACAAGGGUCAAUAUUCUAAUGCUGCUGAUUGGAUUACUUGUUCAGACUGCUUGUUAGAUAUCCGACUCAUUAGUGCGUAAACACUUAAAAAUCAGUUCUAAGUACCAAAAUCCUGCGACGUGAAUUUGUAAACCAAUGAAAGCCGGUUAAUUUGCAUAGUUUUUGUCUGUCUUGACUCUACUAAAACUACUGUAGUAGGAACACAAUUGUAAAUGCAUUACCACUCAAAUGUGUGUGUGUGUGUGUGUGUGUGUGUAUAUGUAACGGGGAAAUUGCACAACGAGAUUCUCGAUUAAUAAAGUAAACUAUCAUUCAGAGCUGACUGCUUCCUCUACAUUGUUAUUGUUUCCUGCAUGAAAACUGCUGAAUCACCUCCUCUCCACCCAUGUCUGUGCGCACCCAGCCAGGGUGCAGCAGAGAAAACAGGAUCUGAUCCUUCUUCAGCUCCUCUGCAGCACACAUAGUCAGCAUGUUCAAACCGGCCUGUGAAGAGAAGAGAUGGAGGGAGGGAACGGACAAUGUCCACUUAACAACUGUGAGAUGAAGCCUUUCAGUAGCAGGUCACAGUGUCGGCAGGUUGUGACUCACCUUGCUGAUGCGGUAGGAGACGGCGGGCAUGUAGUCGUACGUCUGUCCUAUACUUCCCAUUGAAGCCAGAAAUGAGGAGAUAUUAACGACUGCUGCUUUCCUGCUGGACAUCCCUGGAAUCCCACUGGCCUUCGCUGCCGCAAGUAGUUGAGGCAGGAACUCCUAAUGAAGACCACCAGCGAGAAAGUCAAACAGAGGAAACUUUGGUAACACUUUCUAUCUAGCCUUAAUCACACCGAACAGUCAGAAGCUAAGACACGCUGGCCCGUGGCUGUCCCGUGACGGCCUGUAAAGGUUGAGUUUAAUUUUCAAUAAACUGUUUGUUUUUUCCCCA